AUGCAUAAAAAAGUCAUAGAAAGAAAUCAAAAGGAAAAAGAAGAAGUAGAAUUUCUUAAAGAGAAUGGUUUAACAGAUAAAGAAAUCAAACAGAGAGUAAAUUCUGAAAUAUAUAAGAAACAACAUGAAAAAAUCAUAGAAGUUGCUUCUUUCUAA